CCUCUAUGUUUAUUGACGGACUAGUCCACUUUCAUAAAUGUCUCAGGGCGUUCUGUUUUGCUGCUUUGAAAAGUUUGCCCUUCUUAAAUCGCCGAAUUCAAAGCAAAUGUCUGCAUGUCUUCAAGUCGGAUAUAAAUAAUUUUACUAAAAGUCAAAGAAAAAGGCGAUGAAAAGCAGAGAGACGUAAAGCGAGUGGAUCACCAGGCACGGGAAAUGGCGUCUAUAACACGUCCUCGUGUAACGUGGAUUCUCCGAGCUAAACAAACACUGAGCUGGACUUUUAUCAAAUGAGUGAUGAUUAUGUACGUUGUCAGUUAUGAAUUAUAACACGUCGCCAACAAUGAAUCUUGAACAACAAAAUGCGUAUGGUUUUCAAGCAGCGCAGCCAGCUCAACAACCAACUGGUACACCAGCCCCACCCAGUUGGGCUUUAGCAUUGAUUGAAGUUGUAAAAUCAAUAAUAAUAACCACCAUGAAAGACGCAAUACCAAAGAUUGUGUUAAAAGUUGAUUUAAAUGAAAAGUCAGUUAACAUGUUGAACAGUAAAAUCUCGGACAUGGAAAUAAAAGAAACAACAAUGAAAAACAAGAUAUCAGAUAUAGACAAAUGUCUCAUGUACGAAACACAAAAAUAUAAGCUAAUACAAUCAAAAGAAGACCUGGAAAGUCUUAAGGAACAAUGUGAAAAAUUGACAGAGAAACUGAUGACAAUUAAAAAAGAGAGGAGUAAACAAAUUAAAAAAUCCUUGAAUCAAGGACAAUGAGAGAAAAACUCAUUUUUUACGGUUUGCCAGAGCAGCCAAGAGAAAUCGAAAACUGCGAAUCCUUAGUAACAAAUUUGAUUACUAUCAAAUUAUGCAUCGACACAUCUUGUAUGAGUUUUAAUAGAUCACACAGAUUAGGGGGACAGAGGGCUCGAAAACCACGCCCCAUUGUAGUAAAAUUUCACAGAUAUUCACAUCGCAAAGAAGUACGAAUAUCUCAUACAGAAGUCACUCAAAGAUUCAAACCUAUUUCAGCUGAGGACAAAAAAUGUGUUAAAGUUCAAAUUGAAUGAUUGAAGGAAAAAAAAAGAAUAUCAUGACAAUUAUUUUUUUUAAACUAGUGAAAUUAUAGUUGCACCCUUCACAAAUUUCGAAGAUGCGUCGGAUUAAAAAAACUUAAAAUUUCAACGUCUUAAAAAAUAAAGAUCACGCUAUUGAAAAAAAGGAGUGAAAUGAUCUAAGGAAGUAAUACUGAUGCAAUUCCGACCGUUUUCAUGUUUAUUCUACUUUUUUCUUUUGGCUGCUAGAAUGCCAACUUAAGGCUGCUUGGCUAUCAACUUAUGGAUUCGAGGUUGUUAGACUGCAAACUUCACGAACAUGAUUAAGUAGCUAUAAUGUGUGAAGUGAUUUAGGAAACACUUUUAAUCAUAUAUUGUAAUUUUAAGAUCACGCAGUCAUCUCUUUUGAUUGUUUCAAGUACGUUUAACUAGAAGUACGUUUAACUAGAAGUACGUUUAACUAGAAGUAAUUUAACUAGAAGUACGGUGAACUAGAAGUACGUUUAACUAGAAAAAUAAAGUAGAAAAAUAAAAUUAAAGCAGCACGCCUCCAGAUUAAUGCUUAUUUUCAUGAAAAUUUUAAAAAGUACUUAAAAAGUAAAAUGUUGUGAAGAUAACAAGGAAAGUAAUUAACACAUUGCAAACGACACUAACAAUCCACAUAAAUUACCGAAAAGAGGCCAAAUUAUGUAAAAUUGACCUUUACUGCGUGAGUAACGCAGUAGAAAUUUGGUAAUAAAUUCUGCAAAAUCAGUAAUAUAAAGCACAUAAAAUGUUCACUUUUACUUGAAUCUUGAAUAUUUCUAAUGUUCUUAAAUCUUAGAACAUUUUUCUCAAGUUUAUUUUUCUUGAAAUAUUUUGGCUUAUCUGGAGGCAUGCAGCUUUAAAGAAGUGUUAGCAUUUUAAAUAGUCAAAUUUUAAUCAACACUAAGUGUUUUGGUAUCUGUCAAGCAAUUGAUCACUUUUUCACGGGACAUCAAAUGUGAAUGUCUAUCAGCGGGAUCUUUAACAUCUUGAUUUACUUGUUCAACGCUUUUCUAUCGAAACUCAAUCAACUCAAAGAAGACGUUACGAUUAUCCCUUGAUUUACCAAACGAACAUAAAGAAAUGUACAACAUGUUUUUUUUUAUGAUUUCCACUUUAAAAUCAUUGUAAAUUUGAUGAAAUGAAGGUUUUGACACAAAAGACUAAGUAUGCAAUCAAUACUUUUCAUUCCUAAAUUGAUGUUUUCCUCCAAAAUUGCGUUUUUUUAUUCUCUUCAGAUCCUUCUGGUUUACCUUCAUUUUUUUUUCUUUUCACCAAAGAUGCGUUAAGCGAAGUUCACAAAUACAAAGAAACUAUAACAGGAUGUAAACGCUUUAAACAGUAUUUCAGUUUUUAUUUUGUCAAGAGUCCGGGUAAAAAAGUGUAAAUAUAUUUAAAGAAGUGGGUAAAAAGACUGACACCGAGGUGAAACAUUUAAAAAAGUUAUAGACAUUUAUGACCAUUGUAUUGGAUGUAAUCUUGAUUUCAUCAUGUUUAUUUCAGUACUAACUGCAUUGAUCUGUGUGUGUGCCGUCAUUGCUGGACAGAGGGUAUACCAAUGUGACAACAAAAAUGCAAACGAUAACUAUAUGCAGUGUUUGAACAAAUGGCGUGUAUUUAGAAGCUGCAGCCUAGGGCAUGCACAGUUCCUGAAAGACGUGACGUUGAUUGAUGAAAUAUGUAUUUUAGAUAGAUCCAAAGGUGUUCUCACCGUUGAAGAGAUGGAUACACGUGUAACUAAUGCUAUACCACUGUACUGUAAUUUUAUAACUGCACACUGGAAGGGCCUCAAACAAUUUGUCAUCUACUUAUGCGAACACAGAGAAGAGUUCCAAGGGAUAUAUGCACAGUGUAGAACAAAUAGGAACUUCCAAUCUGCAUACCACGACUGCAAAGCUACCCAUGUAAAACAAAUAAUCUUCGAGGGGGAUAGUUGCAGUUCGUAUAGAGAAAUGGAAAAAUGUUUUAAAAAUGCUCUUGCGAAUCACUGUUCGAAGAAUGCAGCUGAAUUCUUCAUGGAGGCCUUCUCGAAAAGAGAUGAUCCUUUGAUAGCUAUAAGCUGCAAAAAAGAGAAAGAAGAAAAAGAAAAACAAUCAACAGACAACCGUCCAAUGACAAGGGAACGUGUCGUACUUGCUGAGGAAAGUCUUGCAGUGAAUGAAGAAAGUGGAAGUGAUAUUUUAUGUGCGAGAUGCUACUUAAUUAUUUCUAUAUAUAUGUGGAGACUUGCCAUAUCUUUUCUAGCAGUGUAUUUAUUGUCAUCAUAAUAAAGACCCUACCAAGCUGUGUUCAAUUUUUCCGGAUAAACAAUAAUAUCAUUGAAAUUUCAAUAUAUAUCCAUAACAAAC